AUGGCUAUCGGUGAGUCGGAAAGGCCCUUUGAGAGCUCUAGUGUCUGGAGAGAGUCUAUGGAUUCCGACUCCCCAGGCAAGGAGAAGCAGCGUGAUGGCGAAGGGGCAGGGCCUCGUGGCAGUACUGCUCUUGGAGCGAGGUCCAAAGACCUCCGAUACAAUAAGCCCAAGGGCUUUUGGCCUCGCAUCUUCAAGCACUUUAAGCGGUACUGGCUGUGUUAUGGCCUCCUGGGGUUUAUAUUCCUGGCAAUCUUCCUGCCUGUUUUCUUUCUAGUCAUUAUCCCAGCGAUUGCACAGAGGUUGGUCAAUGAUGCCAGCAUACCAAUCCACUCGGCCGCUAUCAUGCAACCAACCCCUGAUGGCCUAACGUUUUCGCUGUCUGCCUCUCUCAGCGUUCCACUCGGACUCAGUGUUCGAAUCGAUGCAUUCAACCUGAGUCUAUUCAAUCGAGAUGUGAAGCCAAUGAAACCGUACGUGACGGUUCCGCUCGAAGGACUCCGCCUGAAAGGGAAAUCAGAUAUCACCAUCACCAAUCAGACGACUAAAAUCCAGGACCAGGACCAGUUCACUACGUUCUUGUCCAAUGCGGUUUACUCGGAACGGUUCAAGCUAUCGGCUUACGGGAAGGCGACAGCUCACCUGGGAAAGAUCAAAGUCCCUCUGAAACUGGACAAAGAUAUAGAACUAAAUGGUAAGUGGUGCUGCUGCGCCCUCGCUGAUCCACUAGCAUUAACCUCCGGCAUUUCAGGACUCAACAUGUUGAAGGGCUUCUCUAUUGACAAUGCUGGAGUGGUUCUCCCACCAGAGGCCGAUGGUUCGAACCUGCUCGGACAGGCAACAUUGCCAAACUACUCUGUUGUUACCUUUGCUCUGGGAAAUGUCACUCUCGAUCUUAAGAUCGAUGAUAUCAUUUUAGGCAAUGGUACUAUCAACAACGUGCUGCUGAAGCCCGGAAAUAACUCAGUCCCUUUGCGUGCAGUGGUAGAUAUUCCAAACGCGAUCAAGAACAUCGCACCCAUUUUGGCCGCCGAGACAAAUGCCCUGAGCCAAGGGAAUGUGAUGAUCUCGGCAUCCGGCCAGUCGACUAUCUACGAGGGGGAGCAUAUCCCCUACUUUGAGAAGGUGCUGAAUAACCUGACCAUCAGCGCCAACGUGCCCAUUCUCAAGGUGCUGUUUGGGACCAUCUCCACCUUGGUGUCGUCGAAUCCCGAUGUGAUGCAGAAUGUGACCGACGCUUUGCGGGACACAGACUUGUCGUCCAGCCCGAAUAUGCGCGUAGUUAGUGAUAAUUAA